AUGCAUCUUUUGUGCUUCAUAACCAUGGCCAUGCUGGCCCUAUGGCAUUUACAACUCUCAACAUGUGAUGACAUUACGCUAACCCAACAAUCGACACAAACACAAUCUGGAGGCUUACAACAAUCGCAACAGAAUCCAAAUGGACCCGGUGUUAUGAGUUCAAAUACCCUAACGUCCGGACAAAAUAUAGGCUUAGUUAAUAGUAAUCAUCAGCAACAACAGCAGCAGCAACAACACCAUCAGCAACAGCAAACGCAUACAAAUCUUAAUCAGCUGGCCGGUAACAGCUCUCUUCUCAAUUCCCUAAUGAAUGCCAAUGGAAACGUAAAUGGUCUGCAAGGCCUAUCACCAUCGUUAAGUGGCGUUCUAAGUUCCAUGGGUAGUGGCGGUAUUAUUGGCCAUUCCGGUGGUAGCUCAAUGAGUUCUCAUGGUCUUGGAGGCGGCAUGGGUAUGGGUGGUGGUGGCGGCGGAGGAGGUAGCAGCGGUGGUCAUCAUGGUCAUGCCCUAGCCGGUUUGGCAAAUUUAGGCAUUAUUGUGCCAGGGCAUCGUCCAGGAAUUACUACGAGCGAUUCAGGAGGCCGUUAUGGACCACCCUAUAUGGGUGCAGGCAACAUGGAUGGAAAUAGUAUGCAACAAGGGGGAAGCAGCAGUAGUCUUGGCGGUUCACAAUACUA